AGUCUUAGAAUAUCUGGUGAGCUUUGAUGACUUUGAUUCCAUGGUUUCCCUUUGAUACAAUAACAGUAAUAAUAAUAAUAAUAAUAAUAACAAUAAAAAACACUAUCACACACCAAAAACCCAACACAGAAAACACUGCCUCUCUCCUCUUUCUUUCUCCUCCUUCCUCUCUCUGAAGAACUAAGUCUACGUCAAUUUUCAAGUUCGGAAGAGGCAUGCCAGGAUCAUUAGUCUGGCGAUAUACAUGUCUAAUGAUCUGAAGCUAUAGACAAUCCCACCAACAACUUGGAUAUGCAUGAUCAAGGCAUCAUCAUCAUCAAAACCAACUGAACGCAGAUAGGAGAUCAUGAACAGAAAAAGGGUCGCUUGGGAACACCUCGUGUUUCAAAAGCAUUGAAAUAGCCAUAACAGAAGCCUCAGAUAUAUAGAAACUCAGUAUUUGAAGUCAUUGAAGGAAAACAAGUAGCAAUGGAAGAAGAAUUAAAGAUCGGUGAUCAAGAAAAGAUGGGUGGAUGUGAGGACCAAGCUGAUAACACGCCUUUGAUGUCAUCCUUCGAUUUGAAUGAAGAAGCAAGCAGCGGAGAGGACAUCGGCACUGUUGAAGUUAGCAAUUCUGAUGCUGAGAAGAGAACAGAAGAGAAUUAUGCUAAUAAUGCUACGUCUGCAGGGAGAAAUGAACGUAAGUCCACAGUAAGGCAAUACGUUAGAUCAAGAAUGCCUCGGCUACGAUGGACUCCUGAUCUCCAUCUCUCUUUUGUGCAUGCCGUUGAAAGGCUCGGUGGACAAGAGAAAGCAACUCCCAAGUUAGUUCUUCAGUUAAUGAAUGUGAGGGGACUUAGCAUUGCUCAUGUAAAGAGUCAUUUACAGAUGUACCGAAGUAAGAAGCUUGACGAGGCCGGCCAAGUGCUAUGCCAAACAUACAGAUCAAUGCAAGGAAGAGGUUGCAUUCAAAGCAAGUUCCACCAAAUGCCAGUCAAUCCUCAACAAUGCUUCAGAAUGGAGAGUGGUGGGAUUGUUUUAGCCAGAAAUUCUACUGAGCAUACUUUUGGCAACAGCCUUUUGCACUCUUCCCUCUUCCAGAGACCAUUAAGUAAUAAAACCAGUUUCUCAAGGUGCCAGCAAUGGGAAGCUGAUAAGCAUGGAGUAAGUAGUUUGGCAAGAAAGGAUCUCGGACAAGGAUUAGACACAAGUACCACCGAAAUAAGGCCAAUGAGACCUGUCAGAUUUCUAGAAGAUCGUCGGUGGCCUCCACUCGAAAUGGUUAAAAAUAGAUGGAAAAUUAUCAGAAAUAAUCCCACCAGCGUCACCUGUACUAAUAGUUGCUCUCCACCUCAAGCACAUCAAAAUAGUUCGUCGCCAAGGUCGUUCGAGACAACCUGCUACUGGAAGCCAAAUGAAGGCAACUCUGGAAAUGACAUAAAGAUAAAGCAAUCCUUAUUCAAUUCGUCACUCUCCAUUGGCAAUUUCAAUAGCUUUAAACCAGAGUUUGAGCCCCCAUUUCGGGUUGAGCUGAAUCAUGAUAAAAUGUUGAAGGACAAGGAAUGGCUGCCUGAUCUGCAACUGAGACUGAGCCAAAGAGUUGGAAUCAAAGACCGCAAGACUCACUGUAGAAGCACACAGGAAAUUAGCACCAAGCUUUCACUUUCUUGAUGGCCAUGAAGACAGUGAAAUUUUUAUAGAAACUUAGUCUAUAUAUACAAUAUUUUUAGCAAGGCUUAGUACUUAAGAAUAUCUGACUAUGUAGAGAAAAUCAUAUAUAGGAUUAGUACAGAUUUUUUUAAGUACUUGUCCCUGGAGUCACUUAAGCAUUAGUAGUCUUUUCUUCUUUGUUUAUUUUCUUAGAAUGUACGUUCUUCUUGUUAUCAGUGUGCAGGUGGUAAUUGAUUCAGUUUUGGAUGAAAGCAAACGCUAAUGUAUAACUUUCCCCCCCUUUUUCUGAACAAAAAGGGCAGUGUGUUUGUGAGUGA